AUGAAGUCCCUCCUCCUGGCCUUCCAAUCUGGGACUGGAGCGGGGCAAUCAGGUUCUGUUGCUACUCCCACAGCCUCCUUGGAUUCGGAGGAGGAUGUGCUUUCUAUGGCAGCGUCGGCUGCCCAGUUUCAUGACUAUGCACCAGACGUGCUCCAGUUGGAUGGAUCCUCCCAUCCCUCUGCGGUCGGCUCCCGAUCGUCGGCCCAUGGAUCUGGUGGUACUGCUGGUAGUAUUGAGGACUGCUCAAUGGGGGCCACCAUUCGCAUGGCCCUAGCCCGUCUGCAGUUGGACGUGCCACAGGCUCAGCCGGCUCCGGCCAGUGCUUUCUUCAGGCGUGCCCCAGCCCCCGUUCACUUUACUGUACCUCCAUCAGAGGAAUAUCUGAGGGAGUUACAGGCAUGCUGGAGGGAUUCUAGAGCCCUCUCUCAUGCUACAUCUGAUGGCCGAACCCUGGCAGCUAUGCAGGAUGCGUCCAAGUUUGGCUUGGACCGCAUGCCCGUGGUUGAGCCGACUAUUGCAGCUUUGAUCGUCUCACCCGAUGAGGCUCUGAGACAGGAUGCAAGGUGUCCUCGUCCCCAGUGUCGGGUUACUGAUGACUUGCUGUCGAAGGCCUAUGAUGCAGCGGCGCGCAUGGCACGCAUGGUGUUCCGGUGGAACCGGGGGAGCUGUUUGGUUCCGCAGCUCUGGAAGCUCUUGAGCGAACGGUCCAAGCUGGAAGGACUCGCCAGCAGCUGUCUGGGCUUCAAAGAAGUGUGCCUCCUCCUAGCAGGCCUAGAGGUCCUCCAGCUGCCCCACAGCGCAGCUCUCGUCCACAGGCUUACCCCAGGGGCUACCCUAGGUCUCAGCGCCCACGUCCACAGCCUGCUCAACAGCAGGCACAGGCUUUUCGGGCACCUGAGCAACAGCCCUCUGGGCGACCCCAUGCUGCCCGUCGUACCCCUGGAGCCUUUAGAGGCCGGGGGGCCCGCCGCUGAGGCCCCGGGGCCGGACGUCGGCUGUUUUUCCCAGCAGCAGCUCAGCUACUGGGCUGCUUCCACCAGGGACCCGUGGGUGCUUUCCACCUUGACCAACGGGUACAAACUUCAGUUCCGACGCCGGCCCCCAACCCAUGGCCGGGUCAAGAUGACCAUCAUACGCGACCCGGCAAAAGCUCAAGCCCUUACCCAGGAGUUGUCCGCCCUCCUGGACAAGGGUGCCAUCGAGCCAGUAGAUCCCCUUUUGCAACCCGGGGGGUUCUACUCGACUUACUUUCUUGUACCAAAGAAAGAUGGCGGACUCCGCCCUAUCCUCGACCUGAGGGGCCUCAACCGGUUCCUGAAGGUCUUCAGGUUCCAUAUGCUAACCACUGCAGAGGUUCUUCGUACCGUUGCCAGAGGGGAAUGGUUUACAUCGGUGGACCUGAAGGACGCCUACUUUCACGUCCCCAUAGCGCCACACCAUCGGCAGUUUCUGCGGUUCGCUUUUCAAGGGCGUCAUUUCCAGUUCCGGGUGCUCCCAUUUGGUCUCUCCCUUUCCCCACGGGUGUUCACCAGGUGUGUAACGGCAGCCCUCUCGCACCUGCAGUCGCGGGGCAUGAAGAUCUUGCCGUAUCUGGACGACUGGCUCAUCUGUGCGCCGUCCCAGUCUCAGCUGGCCCUGGACACAACGUGUCUUCUCUCCCAUGUGGCCCGCUUGGGCCUCAGGGUGAAUUUCACAAAGAGUUGCCUGGAACCAUCGCAGAGCACAGUUUUUCUUGGGGUGACUCUCAAUGCGGUCACCAUGAAGGCUUGCCCGUCGCCACGACGGGUGGACGACAUCCUUUGUCGCCUCCUCCUGUUUCAGGAGGGCAGGCAGUUCCAUUAUGUGGAGUUCUUGCGCAUCCUGGGAAAACUGACGGCUGCUGCUGCAGUGGUUCCUUUAGGACUGCUGUCGCUGCGUCCCCUCCAGAGGUGGUUGCUCAGCUUUCGUCUGGAUCCUCAGAGGCACCGGCACAGGAGACUCAAGGUGUCCCACCGUUGCCUUCUUGCUCUGGCCCCGUGGAGGCAGCGUUCAUUUCUCCUCCAAGGCAUGCCCAUGGGUUCCAUUGCAUCCCGUCGGGAGACGGUCACAACAGAUGCCUCCCUCUCAGGGUGGGGUGCUGUGUGGCAGAACCGGACAGCUCAGGGGCUGUGGUCUGCACAGGAACGCUCACAGCAUAUCAAUGUUCUGGAGCUGCGGGCUGUGCACAGGGCAUUGCAAGCGUUUCUUCCUCUCCUGGGAGGCCGACAUGUGCUUGUGCGGUCCGACAAUGUCUCGACCGUCUCUCACAUAAACCACCAAGGUGGCACCAGGUCUGCCCAGCUACUACAAGCAUCCUGGGACCUCCUGCUGUGGGCGGCUCCACGCCUGGCCAGCUUGAGGGCGAUGUAUUUGCCUGGGGACCGGAAUCAGGCGGCAGACUUACUCUCCCGUUGCAAGCCUCCGCCGGGGGAGUGGCGGCUUCAUCCAGAGGUAGUUCUCAAUAUCUGGGGCAUGUUCGGCAGGGCAAGGGUGGACCUUUUUGCCUCGGAAGAGUCGACCCAUUGCCCCCUCUGGUUCUCCUGGACAGAGGAGAGCAGUCUUCUGGGCCAGGAUGCUCUCGCCCACGAUUGGCCGGAAGUUCUCCUCUACGCGUUUCCGCCGAUCCCUCUGAUUUUACCGACGCUACAGAGGGUCCUCCAGCAGGGUCACAGGCUGCUGUUGGUAGCCCCCUUUUGGCCAGGGAGAACGUGGUUUCCACUGCUGCACAAGCUCUGCAGCGGUUCACCAUGGCGCCUCCCCGACAGGAGAGAUCUCCUGUCUCAGUUACAGGGUCAGAUCUGGCAUCCCGACCCUCUCUGCCUGCAGCUGUGGGUCUGGCCACUGCAGGGCCCGACCCGCUGCUGACUGAGUGUUCGAAUGGUGUAUGCAAUACCAUACUGAAUGCGAGGGCGCCUUCUACCCGGGCA